AUGAAUUGCUUCACAAUUGAUCCUGCCCCUAUUGCAUUUGAGUCAUAUCAGUCAGGGGACUUCAUUAUUGGUGGGAUGAUUUCUCACAUCAUUUCCUAUGACCCAGAUUUUACUUUUACAGAAUGUCCUUGGCAGGAGUUCUCUAAUAUUAGAACGGUGGUGACAAAGUUCUACCAGCACAUCUUGGCCUUGGAUUUUGCUGUCAAUGAGAUCAAUAAUAAUCCCGAUAUCUUACUGAAUGUCACACUUGGAUUCCACAUCUAUGACAGCUACAACGAUGCUCAGAUGACCUAUCACACCACCAUGGAUCUUCUCUUCAAAUCCCACAGAUUUGUACCCAACUAUGAAUGUGAUGCCAACAAAAAAUUAAUAGCCAUCAUUGGGGCACUUGCCUUUGAUGCCUCACUACACAUGGCAAAACUAUUAAAUAUCUACAAGAUUCCACAGCUCCACCCAUUUCUUCAACGCAUUUCGUUUAACAACUCUGUUGGAGAAAAAGUAUCUUUGGAUGAUAACAGGGAGAUGCGAGGUGGAUUUGAUCUAAUGAACUUGGUUACAUUUCCAAAUGACUCCUUCCUUAAAGUGAAAGUUGGAUGGGUGGGUCCCAAUGCUCUUGAAGGAAAAGAAUUCAUCAUUAAUGAGGACAGGAUUGUUUGGCACAGGGGCUAUAAUCAGGUCCUGCCAACUUCUGUUUGUACAGAUUCCUGCCAGCCUGGAUAUCGGAAGAGAAAGGUGGAAGGGCAGAAGUUUUGUUGCUAUGAUUGUAAUCCAUGUCCAAAAGGGAAGAUUUCAAACCAAACCAACACUGAUGACUGUUCUGAAUGCUCAAAAGAUCUGUACCCAAAUAAGGACCGAAAUGAAUGCAUCCCAAAAGUCAUCAGCUUUCUGUCCUAUGAAGACCCCUUAGGGAAAAAUUUAGCUUCUGUUGCUGUUUCUUUUUCCUUGAUCACAGUCUUGGUGCUGCAAACCUUUAUUAAGCACAGAGAUACCCCAAUAGUCAAAGCCAACAAUCGGGGCCUCACCUACACUCUCCUCAUCUCUCUCCUGCUCUGCUUCCUCUCUUCCUUCCUAUUCAUUGGCCAACCUGGGAAACUGAACUGCUUUCUCCAACAACCAGCGUUCGGUUUGAUCUUCUCCGUAGCUGUUUCUAGUGUGUUGGCCAAAACCAUUACUGUAGUUGUAGCUUUCAUGGCCACUAAGCCAGGUUCUAAUAUGAGAAAGUGGGUGGGAAAAAGACUGGCCACCUCCAUUGCGCUAUCUUGCUCCCUCAUUCAAGUUGGCAUUUGUGUUGCAUGGCUCACAACCUCUCCCCCAUUCCCAGAUUUAGACAUGCAUUCAGUCCCUGAAGAAAUCACUGUGCAAUGUAAUGGAGGUUCUGCCAUCAUGUUUUAUCUUGUCCUAGGCUACAUGGCACUUCUGUCCAUCAUCAGCUUCUCUGUGGCUUUCUUAGCCAGGAAUUUGCCAGAUACCUUUAAUGAAUCCAAGUUUAUCACCUUCAGUAUGCUGAUGUUCUGCAGUGUUUGGUUGACUUUUGUUCCAGCCUACCUGAGCACCAAGGGGAAAUAUAUGGUAGCAGUGGAGAUCUUCUCCAUCUUAGCUUCCAGUGCUGCGUUGUUAGGCUGUAUCUUUUUUCCAAAAUAUUACAUUCUUCUCUUCAAGCCUGAGAUGAACAACAGGGAGAAGAUAAUGGGGAGGAAGAAUUGA